AGUCAAAAACAGCUUCUCACAGUCUUCUUUGUCACUGAAUGUUUGCGAAGCGCCGUGAACUCGCCACAUUUAUGUUUACAGGUCGGACUCGUCGCGUCACACCUGCCAGGUUGUAAGAGGAGUAUGCAGCUCCGAGCUGAGUGUUAAAAACAGCUGAACUCAUCCUGCCUGUCUACAGUCAUCUGAUAAUUAUGACGCUGCAGAUGGGGAUCUUGUUUGUGGCUCUGCUGGGCCUGAGCUCAGCGCUGGUGUGUCCUGAUGGCGGCAUGUGUGAGGACAAAAACACCUGUUGCAAGAACACCGAGGGAGGAUACGGAUGCUGUCCGCUGCCGCACGCUGAGUGUUGUUCAGACCACCUCCACUGCUGCUACGAGGGGACGGUCUGCGAUCUCGUCCACGCCAAAUGUGUCAAUAAGACAGUUUCGCUGCCCUGGAUGAGACGAGUUCCCACCAAACAGGUCCUGCUCGUCCCUCAGCUCGCGGAGACGGUAAAAGCAGUCAUUUGUCCGGACCAAGAGUCCGAGUGUCCUGACGAAACCACUUGCUGCCAGCUUCGGGACGGCUCCUGGGGCUGCUGUCCAUUAGCUAAGGCGGUGUGCUGUGAGGAUAAACUCCACUGUUGCCCCGAGGGAACAAAGUGUGAUCUGGCUCACUCAAAGUGUGUGUCUGCAUCGCUCGAGUCUUUCCCCAUGCUGCAGAAACUGCCCGCCAGGAGGAGGGAGGAUAACGCAGCUCUUACAGCUAAUUCAGUGACAUGUCCUGGUGGACAAAGCAGCUGUCCAGAUAGUUAUACAUGUUGCCUGCUAUCCAGCGGAGACUACGGCUGCUGCCCUUACCCAGAGGCCACGUGCUGCAGCGAUCACCUCCACUGUUGCCCUAGCAACACCAUAUGUGACCUGGAGCAUGGCGUCUGCAGGUCUGGUGAGACGAGCGUGUCGCUGCUGAAGAAGAUCGCUGCUGUGCCCAAUGACGUUGUGUGUCCAGAUAAAAAGGCAGCGUGUCCUGAUCAGACCACCUGCUGCCAGAUGAAUAACAGCUCAUACGGCUGCUGUCCGAUGCCCGAUGCCGUCUGCUGCUCAGAUCACGUCCACUGUUGUCCUGCAGGGACACAGUGUGACCUCUCCCACAGCGCCUGUGUGUCCACCCACGGAGAGACCACCAUGACCAUGAAGAUCCCCGCCGCUGUGACGGAGCUGGUGGCGGUGCAGAGCAAAGUCGGCGCUGUUCCCUGUAACGACUCUGUGGCCUGCGCUGACGAAAACACCUGCUGCAAAUCGUCACAGGGAGAAUGGGCCUGUUGUCCGCUGCCUAAGGCCGUGUGCUGUGAGGACCACGUGCACUGCUGUCCACACGGCACCAUUUGUAACCUGGCGGCCUCCACGUGUGACGAGCCGUCAGGCAUCAGCGUGAUGCCCUGGCUCAGCAAAGUGCCCGCCUUCCCCUCGCUGACGGGAAACAGCAAGUGUGACAAAUCUACGUCGUGUCCUGGAAAAUCCACCUGCUGCAAGACGGCGAGUGGAGGCUGGGCCUGCUGUCCUCUGCCUCAGGCCGUGUGCUGCGAUGACCACGUCCACUGCUGCCCUCACGGCACCGUCUGCAACCUGGAGGCCGAAACCUGUGACGACCCGUCGGGUUUCCUCCCCUCCGUCGGCUGGCUGCAGAAGGAGUCCGCUCUGACCUCGGAGGUGGAGGACGAGAAAUGCGACAAGCAGACGAUGUGUCCGGGAGGCACCACCUGCUGUAAGGGGGACUCUGGGCAGUGGGCCUGCUGCCCCCUGCCUCAGGCCGUGUGCUGCAGCGAUCGUGAGCACUGCUGCCCUAAAGGCUACAAAUGCAACGUGGCUGAACAGACAUGUGACAAGCCUGGUGAACUCAGCCUGCCCUGGCUGCACAAGAUCCCGGCCCUGCAGAUGGAGGAGACCAGCCGGGCCGUUUCGGGUCCAACUCCGCCAGCCAGGAACAUGUGUGACGCCCAAACCAGCUGUCCCAGAGAUACGACCUGCUGCUUCAUGGACAAGACCCAGAAAUGGGGCUGCUGCCCUCUGCCGAAGGCGGUCUGUUGUGAAGAUGGAAACCACUGCUGCCCCAGCGGUCACACCUGCGAGCCUCACCGCUCCUCUUGCUCAAAGGGCCCCCAUGAUGUCAUACCGUGGUUCACAAAGCUGAGCGCUGUGACCGAGCAGGGCGCCGUGACCGACGUUAAAUGUGACGACAAGAGCAGCUGCGCUACAGGGACGACCUGCUGUAAACUGCCGACGGGAGAGUGGGGCUGCUGCCCGCUGGUCAAGGCGGUUUGCUGUGCAGAUCACGAGCACUGCUGUCCUCAGGGCUACACCUGCAACAUGCAGACGGGAACAUGCGAGAAGAAGAGCGGCGACGCACACAUCCUCACCCUCCCUCAGACCAAAGUGGUACAGUCCGAGCCGAGAGACACAGAGGACGACACAGACGUACCAUGUGACGGCACGGGGGACUUUCGCUGCCCCAAGCAGGACACGUGCUGUCAGGUCUCAGCGUCAGAGUGGGCCUGCUGCCCCUCACCCAGGGCGGUCUGCUGCUCUGACUCGAAGCGCUGCUGUCCUGCAGGAUUCUCCUGUGACCUGCAGGCUGGAGGCUGCACCCGCCACGCCCAGCUCACCUGGGACACUUUGACCGGGGACAGAAAGAAAGACUUUGUCCGACAUGGACUCUAAUCCCCUCACACAGGUGCACUGAUCUUCUUCCAUCCUUUUAACAUCCAUCUACAGCUCACGUUGUCUGUGGACAACACUUCCUGUUUGCUGUGUCGUUCACGGAGGUGUUUUCGGCAGGUGUGUGAGUGUCGUCGCGUUAAUGUGUG